AUGUCGGCAGUCACCCAAGCCCAAGAUGCCCCGCCAUGGUGGUCAUCAUUCCCGGAGCCGAAAGCUCCUGUUCACGCCCUCGAGCCAGAAGACGUCGCGCAGCUCCUGGAGAGCCAUGCCUCGGCCGGACCAAAUAGCGCAAAGAGUUUUCUCCUCGUGGAUGUUCGUCGAACGGACUGGGAGGGCGGCACAAUCGCCACAUCUCUGAACCUUCCCGCUCACACAUUAUAUCAAACUCGGCCCGUGAUUUAUCAACUGUGUAAACAAGCCAAUGUCAAAACCAUCAUCUUCUACUGCGGAAGCUCGAAUGGCCGCGGUCCUAGAUGUGCAGGCUGGAUGCAGGAUUAUCUCAACGAAAUGGGCGAAGCAAGCAUGUCAGCCGCCAUUCUCAAGGGCGGCAUUAAAGGUUGGCAGAAGAAGUAUAGCGGUAAGCUGAUGGACUGGUACGAUGAGAAGUUUUGGACUCAGCAGCAAAGUGCAUAG